GCGUCACAGUGCUUCGCACUUCUUCGGCUGCUAAGGCGUGUGCGUCGCAAACAGCUGAUGUUUAUUUCUGCCUCGUUCUAAUUUAGUUGCUUCGAAAAUGCACCCGCAAUCGCAUGAAAAGCUGCGUCCAGAAUUAUUAUAAGUGCGUUUGUCACGCUAGUUUUGAGAUAUGUUAUACUUAAGCACAAGGCUCAGUGGUGCGUGCGAGAUGAAGAUCAGCGUUAUGAGCAGCACUGGUGUUGAGUGGACUGUUGAGAUUUGUCCAGAGUACACUGUUGAAAAGCUAAAGCAAAUGUCUCUCAGUCAUUUCUGCAACCCGCUGGACUGCAUAAAGCUUUCCGAUUACUACAAACUAGUAUCCGUUUCUCAGGCAAGACCGCUGUGUGAUCAAAGUUCUGUCAGGGAGGAAAAGAUCCGCGAUGGAGAUGAACUGCUGCUCCUGAAACGUAGUUCCACGUUUUCUUUAAAUGCAAACAAGUCAACGUCAACUGAGGUAAUUUGUUUUCUUAAGCAAGCAGUUCCAGACAAAGCUGCCAUCGAUUUAGCGACGGUGAAUGUCGAACGCAAGAAUUUUGACAAACCUGCCAUGGGUGUGCCUCUAGUUCCUGAUUUUCACACUGAGCUGAGAAGGAUAUUGGUUUCUCUUGUGGAGUUGUCCGAGAAACUGCUUCGUCAUCAUCCAGACAUUGAGAACAUCUUCAAGAAUUUGCAGAGCAAGCUUAUGGAGAACCGUGAACCUGAAAUUGAUGAAGCGGCAUUGAAAAAGCUGUUGGAGAUGGGAUUUGAGGAGCAACAAGCAGUUCACGCAUUGAAAGAAAACAAGAUGUGUCCAAUGGCAGCAAUGGAUUGGCUAUUAGCCAAGGGCUGCAGGCAAGAAAAGGAUGCCGAGUCUGAAACUUCCACUAAAGAUGUUCCUGCUGGUGCCACUGCUCAAGCUAGUGUGGAUAAGCAUACGAAUGCUGAUGUAUCAAAUUGCAGUGCACCUACAACUGAACCAGAGCAAAAAGGAAUCGUGAAUGCGAUGCUUGAAUGCUUUCAAGAGUACAAACGGAAAGACUUUAAGCCCAAUAAAAAGGCCAUGAACAAUCUUAAAGAGAUGGGAUUUUCGGAAACUGCAAUCUUGGAUGCACUCCGAAUUCACAGCAACAGCCAGGAAGCUGCGUGUGAGUGGCUACUAGGGGACCGCCGACCUAAGCCUGUGGACUUGCAAGUUGGCCUUGACACCAACAGUGGUAUAUACAGGUCUAUCGUCAGUAAUCCUGUGGUGCAGCUGGGCCUUUGUUCACCGAAGACUCUCCUGGCCCUGCUGCAAAUGCUGGAAAAUCCUGGCUGUGCCUCUCGCUGGCUGAAUGACUCGGACACAGCACCUAUUCUAAGCCAGAUCUUCCGUAUCUACCAUGCUGAAAAACACUCUGUGCAACUUGUGAGGCCCUUAGUGACGUAAACAUGGCUACCGAGUGUAAUAAUGGAAUGUAAUGAGCAUUACAUUCACGUGCAAGGAGGGAUAUGUAGAGAGUUGUACUAAAGCAACUAGUUAGAGAGGUGUACGAAAGCAACUAGUAAGGAUAUAAAGCUGGUAAGGAUACACCAUAUUUUUUCGGUUAUAAGGCGGUUACGAUUAUAAGGUAACGGUACAGUUGGGGGACCCGAGAAAAAGAACUUAAAUAUGCACACUAAUUUUAAUAUACAGUGAUAUAGAGUAGCCGACAAAUUAUUCAGACUUGGCAGGGUUGCUUGAAAUACUGAAUAAUCGGAAGUUCCCAGAAUAGUCGGUGCAGGUUAUAUAUGAAUUUCGCCUUGCGCUGCUAUGAAGAGACGCCUCAAGACGAAAUUGGCCGACAUUUAUCAAACUCUCGGUGCGGGUUAUACAUUCGAAGAUGUUGUACUGCCUCACUUGCCAAGGCUUAAUGCUAUAAUUUGCGCUGCUGUCUAAAAUCUGAAUCGCUAGAAAUGUGCUGCUGCUGCCACCGUAUUGAAAUAGUAACUGGAUUUAUUAGCAUCGCAUAUAAGGGGGUGGGUGACUUCGAGGCUAAGGAUUGUGAGGAAAAAACUCGCCUUAUAUUCCAAUAAAUACGGUCAUUUCAGUCGUGUUCUUAUGACUGCAUAGAGUGCAUUGAGUCUUGCGCAGAUCUCCAAGAUGGGCAACUUAAGGCAUGGCUCACGGAUAGAAGUGAUCACUAACAUCAGUAAAAAGUGUGAAGAAAUUUUUAUUAUUUAUGUCAUAAAUUAUGACCUUCAAUACAGAUGGAGAGCAUAUAUUAUUUUAUUCAAGGUCAUUUUAUAAAGGUAUUGAUAACUGAGUUUCCUUUGUUUCUCUGUACCCAUCUCUGGUACUAAAUUGUGUUUUUUGGCACACUAUCUUGCUUGCAUGAUUGCUAAGGUAUUUCAUUGAUUGCUGCAGCUUAGACUACAGUUGCUUCUGUGAUGACAUUUUCUGCCUUUUAUGUGUGGAAAAGCUAUAUUUCCUGCUUUAUAAUAAACAAUCGGAUGUAAUGAAUAAUGAAUUACAGGAGGUAAGAAAUCUUCAGUGUAUGUUAAUUUUUUAUGCUAUCUAUGUUCAAGUAAAUGUAACCACGUCAGAAAACACAUGCAUGGAUGCACUCCGUGCACAUCAAACUAGGUCAUAUAUUUAAAAACUGUUUACAGUGACAUUGAUGGAUGUGAAACUUUGUACUCAAGUGUUGCAGACAGAAUUUCAUUUCAAAUUUCCAAUAAGCAUAGAUGAACUUGGGGCUGCUUACACUAAGCAUUUCACCCGUGGUAACCCACAAGCAGAAGUUUCACGCAAUUUUGUGACAGUAGGUUGCUGCGCAGGAAGUUGUAUGACAGAGAAGUGGAACUUGUGUGAAACUUUUCACAUUUAUCAUUCAACAACUUUGCAGCAACUUAAGGUUACUUGCAUGAAGCUUUCUGCCUCUGGGUAAACUUACCGACAGGUAAAAUACUUCAUGCAAGCAACCCCAAGCGUAAAAAUUUUGCAGUCUUUUUACUGCUUCCGACGGCAUUUCUACAUAUAGGAUCUUUUUUUUUUUUUUUUUAUCUCCCUUUCUCUAUUAUUUAACUGUGUGCUCAUGUAUGUAGCUGAAUUUUUUUGCUGAUACCCCAUGGCCCUAUAUGACCUGUCACUACACUAAAACAAAAGAAAUUAUCCCUGCAUACGGUACAGUUAUGUCAUUCUUGCAGCUGCUUUCAAGAAUACCUCAACUGAAUGAGGGUACAUACCUAAUAUAGAGCAACCUAAUACAAAUGUUGCCAUGGAUAAUGGCAACAUUUGGAUCAUGACAGCAAAUGUCACAAUAUUUAUGUACACUAUUCUCAAGCAAGAAAGAAAAAGAUGCAGGCAUUGUGUACAGCACUCAUUGCCAAUGUGUGCAGCAAUGACGCAUUCAAGAUGGUAGGAACUGCAACCAGUGUGGUAGGAACUGCAACCAGUGUGAUGUUAGGGAUGUUAUUGUUCUCAAGUGAAAAGCUUCUGCAGUUAUUUCUGCUGUCGACAUCUCAGGAUAGAGCCUCUAUUUGAGGAAAGCAGCAACCAUAUAACUUGUUUUUUCUUUUUGCUAUGUUUUAGUGUGUUCCUUAUGUACAAGCUCGGCACUAAAUUUGCAGUUCUACAAAGGGCCAAAGAGUUUAUCUUUACACAGGUGCAUGGUAUGAUUGGAUGCUUUAUUUCUGCAAAAGCUCAACUUUCCUCUAUGUUAAGCCAAGAUACAGUUGCACUUGAUGAGCAGGGGUUGUCAAAAAUGAUAGCACUGUGUGGAAGCAGAGAAAAUAUGUUAUGAGCAGCUGUGUGCAAAAGAGCAGGCGUACUCUUAUUAAGGACACUGAAGUGAAUUGUGAAGUUAUGCUGGAAGCGUAAAUUACACUUCUGGAAUGCCAUGAGCAGAGUCUUAGUAAACUAAGAGAGAGACAAAAGCAAAAGAUGGUCCUAUGAAGUUCUCAUGCUAGUUCCUGAGUUUGAGACAGAAUCUGCUCGGAACUAGUUUAUUGAUAAAUAAGGAUUACAUUGUAUUCUAAAGACACAACCCAGUGAGCUUCCAGAACGAUUUCUGAACCAGACCAGCUCCUGGCAUGCAAAAAUGUGCUUCGAAAUUUGUGAUGUCACAUGACAUACUUCUAUUUUCUCCAGUAAUAAGCAACUUUUUUUUUCUGCCAGAAAAAUGCAAAUUGAGUGUUAAAAGACAUUCUUUACCAGACUGUUAAACUAACUUAGCAUUGAUCUUUAGUGUCUCUUUAAAUGCAGUCUCUGAAGUUAGACCAAACUGAACAUGCAAAGAAAAGACUUCAUGUCUUUUAUAAGUACAAACCUGUCUACAUUCACGUGCGUGGUCACUGGUCUGCAUCGUAUAUAUAUUAAUGCUGUCAGCAGGAGGCAAGCCUUGCAAUAUGAGUAAUUGUCCUGGUGGCCUCUUUUUUCUGUACAACAAAUCUGUAACCAUAAUUAUUUUGUGUUGCAAGUGAAAGCUACUGUGCUGAAGGAACAAAAAGUCUUUCAGACUGGAUGUGUCCAGGAAUCUGUAAAAGUUUCAAGUGCAAGUAGGAGUUGUCUGAAUUGGCAUGCCCAUCUUUAUCAAAAUAAUUAUCCCAGUGAAGGCAGAAAUUCUCAACAGCUUAGUAACUACAUUGCUUUUUAUUGUGCUUGUGUAGAUAACGAGUUUUGUGCACAAAAGCAGGCCUUGAAAGUUGAAAUGUCCAGAUCACCUUGAACCAUGGCAGCUCGACUCGAAAAAAUAGUGCUUGAGCUUUUCCCUCAAAUUAUUAAAAAUAUAUGAUGCGGUAGCUCUCAAAUACACUUUGCAACACCUUUUGAAUGUGGUAAAUAAGUUUGCCUAGUCACUCAUUGCUAUCUUGAAAAUCUGAGACAAUUAUUGUUCUGUACAUGCAGCAGGGAACCUACAAUUUCACUCUGAAAAUGCCUGCUCAUUGCUUGCAACUUCGUGGAAUCACUGACUUUUUGUGCACAUUGCUACACACUUUUGAAAACGAUGGCCACUGGCUAGAUUUCUUGUGAUGUCACUUUUAAAGCAGCACAUCCAGCAAGAGCAGAGAAAUCUCACAACUGAAAGGGUGGUGACACCAUAUGGUGGCAUAGAACAAAGCCACUUUACUGACACUAUGGUCUCGCAAGAUUGGGCAACAUGAUGGAGGGUCACACUACAUGAUCUUGAGAUUAUGCAGACACAAAAGCUCAGUACAAUAAUGGGCAUAGCAUGGUGGAACAGCAGCUGUAGUAGCAACAGCACAGUUUUGAGUGCAGUUCAAGUGGCCAAAAAGUUUAAGAAUAUUUGAUUUCUGAACCAAAGUAGGUAAGCACAGAAGCUGCGAACUCCAUUAUAUUAUUUGCAGUUGAUGCAGCCAUCGCUGAAGCAUGCAGUGAAAUUUAGCCACUAGAAGCUCACACAUGUGGGAUGCAUUAAGAAGUGAUUAAAUAUCUAUAAAACCGAUUUGAUGUGUCUGAGCAUUGAUACACAAGCGAGAGGAGCAUAUAUGCUGGUGUAGCCUAAAGCAACGCCAAUCCAAGGCAAUGGCAAGUGCAUGUCAUCUGCGGUGACACCUCUCAAGAGAUGCUGAUUUCUCUGCAGCAGAACCGUGGUGCCAUCUGUCACUGCACAGUGUGUUUUUUGAUAGCGGGGACAGAUGGCGCCUAUUGCAAUGACAUCGUGAGCUGUCUGUCUUUAACCAUAGGCCUUCAUCCCUUGAUAUCAAGAACCACUUUCAAGAAGAGGUGCUGCCAUGUCAAGCGAUGACAUAAUGUCCGUUGCAUCCGUGCAACGGAAUUCUGCGGGAUACCUCUACAAAAAUCGCUUCUGCCGUAAAAAGGAUGGAAAGGCUGCAAGGGCAUGGCAUUAGCAGUGUUUGAUUGCUGAUUAACUCCAUUCAUACAAUGUGCAUUCAAAAUGCUUUUUGUUAAAAAAAUAAUUUGCGAGAGGGUGCUUUUUAAUAAGAGCACACUUCACACCUUUCAAGAAAGGUGUUGCACAGCCCCAUUAAGAAAAAAUUCAUGCAUUUUCACUGUACCAGUGGGGAAGACUGCCAUUCCUAGUUUUGGUGUAGUUGGUGACAAAAUCUAGUUCAGUUAGCCUACUUCCAUCAGGCAGAAUAUCAAUGACUAAAUAGUAGCUCUGGAUGUAUGAAUGUCUCAUUAUUUACCUACACAAAUUGAAUAAGUGCAAAAGAAGGAAGCCAUAUAACUUGGGCCCAUUGCAAGCCAUUAAAUGAUACAAACAGUACGCCAAAUGCUGUCUGCAGCAUAUCUUCUAGUCUCUCUUAUAUACUUUUGAGUGUUAAAGGCCUGUUUCUUAUAGUCAAGCUGCUAUUUAUUACUGAUUACUGUGUGCAUUUAAAUGUUCACUUUCCGCAUUUAUUUGAAUCAUGUGAGAAGGAUGGACUGAAUGUCUGCACAAAAUGUUCUUGUGUUUUUCCUUGCUUUGACAAAAGGGCGCCACCUGUUGUCAAAGCAAGGAAAAACACCUUGUAGAGGUGCAGAAGUUGUUCAUACAUUUUACUUCAAACAGCAGUUAUGAGCUGGUAAUGAGCUGAAUGUUUUUUUUUUUUUUUUCCACACUUUGCUUUAAGCACAGCACAACGUAAUGGAAGAAAGAUAUCUGAGAGCUGUUAUACCCAGAAUUGAACCAAUGAUCUUGCAGUUUCAGCCCAUCAUUCUAAGCACUACACCACUGCCGCUUUGCCCAAGUGAAUAGAUAAUAUACUUUUAUUGUGUGCUGAUGAACGUUGACACUUUUAUGUCAUGCUCAUGUAGUGCACCAUAUUGCAGUGCUGGUUGAGAUGCAGUGCUUGCAGUGCUGGUGAAUGUGCACUGGUGUAUAAGCACUGCAGCGCAGUCUUCCUUUGUUCCACUGCCAUUUGCAUUGUGCUGUGUGUGCCAUUUGCAAGAUUUGCCAAUUGGUAAAGAUAGUGCAUAAGAUGUACCAGAAGUAAAGGCGAACUUAUUAAAGGAACCUUAAAGAGAAACACUAAAUCAAUUUAGACUGAUAACAUAUUUUUUCAAAACUAUCUUCAUUAAUUUCAUGAUAACAGGUUGAUUUCUAGGGAGAAAAUGAAGGCCAAACUUCUGGCUUUUUUUUUUUUAUUUCACACUAGUCAUCGGAGCAACUUCCACAUAUUUCAUAGUAUUUUUUUUUUUUUGUAUUUGGAUCGUUGUGGUGCAUUAGUUGGCCCCUUGAGAAUACAGUCAAACGCCUUUAUAAUGAAGCACAUGGGACCUCAAAAAUCGCUUAUUAUACAGGUCACUCCUUUGUAAAGAUCGAACACCGUACCGCUUGCAAUAGAGAUUCAGCAAAAGAAAGCCUUAAUUUAACAUGAAUUCAAGAGAUACUUAGUAAAAGGAGUUGCGAAUUUUCUUGAGCAAACUUGGUUCGAUGAAAUGUGUGACGGCAGCAUCGCACUCAUGUCACUGCUCCGCGAUGAAACCGAGGAGUGGCGCAAGAUACAGAUUCAGAGUGUUGAAUGUCAUUACUGCCUCCCUUGUCAAAAUUGGUUCUUGGCAGGCUCUUUAUUACCGCUACUUUCACCUCUUUCCUGUCCAGGAUGGUUUUGACAAUGUCGUCGAUCGCCAGUUUCGAGCAUGUCAUCAUGUGUGUAUGUCAUAGAAUACUAUGGAGUCCGGACACUCCUGUGCGCUUGUUGCUGUGCCGAUUGGCGCUCUACCUACGCGCGCUGCAGCUACUAUAUGCAUUUGUUUUAAAGUAACAAAUCAGCCAUCAGAUACGCCUAAAUUCCUUUGCAGGUAAUUUUAUUGUAGUAGUCUUCACUAUAGAGGCAUUUGCAAUACGUAUGAAAGAUCGAAAUUCGGCCAAGACCUACGUGCUCGUCUAGUAUGAAAGGGAACACCAUCCGUCUUGAAACAAUGAUUCUUGAAACUGUGAGUCAGAACCUCCCCCCACUACUAUUAUGCCAUUCACCUGUUGAAGAAUUCCCAUGCAACUUUUUCUCAUCAUGAGCAUACACAAGGAAAAUUACUGGCUUUGAAUGCAAACUCGGUGUUUCCUUUCAUGUUGGCGUACCACGUAUGUAGUCCUUCAUUAUGCAGGUCAUUUUGUUGUAAAGGCGUUCGUUGUAGACCCGUUCGACUGUACAAGGUAGUCCAUCUUUACCAAUAAAAAUUAUCUAGGCAUGAUCAGACGUCAAAAUUUGUCACAGUGAGUUAGUGUGAAAACUUCCAAGAUGGCGCUGCCACCCGUCAUUCGUUUUUGCGUCUUUUUUGGCUUACCAAGCCUCCUCUCGUGGUAAGAGUGGCUUUUUUGGUAUUGGAGAAGGGUAACUUAUCUGUACAGUUCACCUUAUUCUUGCUCUUGACCACUUUUUAUCGAAGUUGAGAAAAGCAUUUGAAGUUAAAAUAGACCAGCUCAGAAAUACUUUGCCACAAAGAGUACUUCAAUGCGUUCAGCAGAAGCGGAGUUAUUGGAAUUGAAAGGUCGCCUAUGAUCUUCCUCGUGGUGCUCCUGCUCCUUCUUCAAUGCCUUGUACUGCGAAAGCUACGGCAGAGCGGGGCGUGUUCACAACACUCCGCCUACUGAACAUCACUGUGGUGCGCAGUUCGAAUUUGAUUUUGGAUGUACACAUAGACACAACUAUUUCCGAUUUUGGAGCCUACGACGCGCCAAACGCAGUUGCCCUAAGUGAGCCGCAGUGCACUCAGUGAUCAGCCUCGUUGCAGCACCUCGCACUGGCCACAGUACCUACACUACAUAGCAGGCCGCAGCUACAUGCAACUGUAGUGGGUGCAUGGCAUGGCUUGAGUGCACGCUCACGCUCCUGUCUGGCCGUGCUACGUGGUGCGGACCGUCUUUGUCCUGCACCAGCUUGAUGAUGGAUAAUAGCCACAUCUAACUUGCACAUUUUCAAGCGCUGUCAAUAGCUCAAUACGAAGCAAGGUCUGCCAAGGCUUCUUUCUAGCCAGGAGCAGCCAGGAGUGAGUGUGCACUGGCAAGCAGGCGUGUGGUCUGACCUUCGUUUUGUGUGGUUCAGGGCUAGUUUGGUGUUGACAGCAGUCAACACAGUUUAGUGAAUAAGCAGUCUGGCCAAAGCUUAGUCUCUACGCGGGCGGCCGCGGCAGAGCAUGAGCAGACGAUAGUUGGCUUCUUCCAGGAGUACGUAAUUCUUAUCGAAAGGCAAAAGCAGAUUUUCGCUUGCUUCAUUCUAUUUAUUAAACUGCAUCAAUAAAUAUACACAGUAGCAGUAGGAAGAAGCGCACUAAUCCAAACACCCUUCUUGAUUGAUGUCAUGUAUUGGCCAUUAGCAGCCGCGUAUGGGAGUACGCUAUAUGGCAAAAUAUAAUGCCCGAAAAGUGUGAGGAGUAGGCUUCUGUUGAAAAGAUAGUGUUUGAGAAAAAGGUGACCUGCUUACGAGCUCGACAUGCCGUGCACGACUGCAAAAUUUGGUCGAGAUGUUCACAGCAGCUUAUGCUAUCUGUGGACUGCAUUUUUUCACCAAGCCCAAGGGGAGGUUCUGGACCCCUUUAAAGGCCAGAGGGCUCACUAGCUGGUCAUGUCUUGCGUGUUCUGCUUGCCAAUGAAUGGCACUGAGGACACCUCACAUUGGCUACUGCAUAGAAGCUGCAUACUUCAGAUUGCGGGGGUGCCUCUUAGCAUUGUCCAGCUGUUUCAAAGAGUACUGUGGGGUUCUUUUCAAGAUCACAUGUUCGGAGUCUCCAAAUGUACGGAGUAAGUUGGGGGCUCAUAAUAGCUGUUUGUAGCAAUAAGGAGAUCAAACAGUCACAGAAUUCUGUGGAUAUUUAGGCCUUUAGGGCAGUAUUGGUUUUACGGAAUACACACUGUGCAGUGUGUAAACAGUUGCAAUCAUUUGCCGAGUGGUGCAACUGUUUACACACUGCACAGUGUGUAUUCCAUAAAACCAAUACUGCCCUAAAGGCCUAAAUAUCCACAAUUCUGUGACUGUUUGUUAAGGGGGGACAUGGUGCAGGAAUGAGAACUUUUGUUAUAUAUAGUGUACUUGCCAGGUCUGAAGUAAACUUGGAGAAUUCAUUUGUAGCAAUAAUACAAGCGUCUCAUUCGAUAUCUGGUUUUUCAAAAAGUUGUGGCUUGUGCAAGGCUCCGGAAACUGUAUUGUUUGAGAAUUAAAGGAAGGCUUGUUUCAUGCCUUAGAUUGUCUCAUGUAGGCUACUGUGGAGCUAUGUUUCCUAUGUUUCAAUUUUUUUGCAACACCACCACUCUUCCUCUUCUGCUUUGGUUCUAGAAAUAUAUACAGGGUGUUUCAGCGAACUCUCUAAAAAGUUCUCAAAGGUUGCCUGCUGCAGAUAGCACAAUUCUAGUUCAUGAGCUGGUCUACUCGAAGAGGCGGACAUUACUUGCACAAGAAAUUGAAAUACAUAAUCGAGUAAUUAACAAAAAUUGACUAAUUAAGAUUUUAACUAAAUACCUGAUGGCCCAUAUUGCAAUUUACAAAUUGUAGCCGUGGAGUUCGCAAGGCGGAUCCACUUGGAACGAAUUCUCGGGAUGACACCAGUUUAGAGAUAUUAAUUCCCAAACUUUGCAGAGAAAUGCAUUGGUGUUCCAGUUAGUUUCUUAACGAAACGUCGCUUUAUGCAUUGAAGCACAAAAUUAACUGGAAUGCCAAUGCAUUUCUCUGCAAAGUUCGGGAAUUAAUAUCUCGAAACUGGCGUCAUCCUGAGAAUUAAUUCCAAGCGGAUCCGCCUUGCGAACUCCAUGGCUACAACUUGUAAAUUGCAAUAUGGGCCAUCAGGUAAUUAGCUAAAAACUUAAUUAGUGGAUUUUUGUUUAUUCGAUUAUGCAUUUCAAUUCUUGUGCAAGUAAUGUCCGCCUUUUCGAGUAGACCAGCUCAUUAACUAGAAUUGGGCUAUCUGCCACAGACAACCUUAAAUAAAUUUUGAAAGUGUUCGCUGAAACACCCUGUAUAUUAUAUAUAUUCUUUCUUUUUUUUUUUCUGUAUGCGGCAACCUCAGUUAAAAAUUCUAUACCAGAAAAAAGCCUAAAGUUAGAUACAUCUUGUGUAAUAUAUAGCGAGAAUAGUUUUAAUGAAACGAUAAAACCUAGUUCAGAGUUUCUCGGAAGUGUGACCAGUAUUUGUACCAGUAUUUGUACAUCUCACACUGACAGUGUUGGAAGAGAGAUGAUGAGGCAAUCGCUGGCAACAGCCUUGUACAGAGAAAGUUCAGGACAAUCCAUGAGAGGUGUUCAGGGUGGUCCUGGCUUCCUUUUGGUGCUUGUAGCGAAGCAGUAGCAUUGUCUAUGGCUUUGCUUGCCAUGCUUGCUUCUUAUCAUGUGCCACAUCCUGGCUUUCUAGCAUGUUAUAAGAACUUGAGAACAACUUUUCUGAUGGUGGUUGACUUGCAGCGCUAGGCGUAUUCCUCACUUCUCAAGCGCGCGUUGAAUGUUGUAGUUGCUCCCACCAUAACUGUGCAGAUUACACUGGCUGAUGAACAAAUGCAAAUUUUGGGAUUUUUAGGGCAACAAUGCAGAUAAUAUGUAGCAAAUACGACAUUGAAUUGUGAAGGAACUGAAAACUAAAAAUAUGUUUCAUGGCUGAAAAUAGUGAUUUCUUGUAUCAUGUCCCCGCUUUUGACACAUGAGCACAUCCGUGAUGAAACCACCAUGAUCAUUUCGGGACUGGAAGACCAACGGCUGCUUCUGACGGGCUCUCGGCAUUGCAAUGCCGCUAUAUUAACUUAAACAAUGUGGUAGUGAAAAUUUCCGGUUAAAAUCAAUGUAGUUCCUGUUGAAUACACUCUCACUCAUGAUUUGCAUGACUGUUAAAUAAAAACGGUAACUCCAUUGUGUGCACUAAGAAAUAAUAGAUAAUGAAAUAAUGAAUGAAAUCUUAACUAAAGAAAUAAUAAAUAAUAAUAAAUGCUACAUGAUGAUCUGAGAUUACAUUGAAACAGCAGGUGGAUCCAGAGAAUACCUGGAUGUAUGGAUCCCUCAUUUUUGCCAUUGCACUUAAACUUUAUACCGGAUCUUAGAGCCAGAUGUUUAACGUAAUUGGACCCUUUCUUUGAGAGAAUGUGGGUCCACUCUGUUCUACAAUUUCUCAUGUCUAAUGAAGGCUUUCUAUGCAAUCUUUCAUUCUGCAUUGAUGUACAGGUGUGCUUACAAAAUUCACAACCUCAUUAGGUGCAACAAUAAACUUGCAUGGUGUACAAAGUUAACAUUCUCUAUGUCCACAAGUCCAAAGUAUUGGUAGCACUAUAGAAAAUGUCUAGCAAUGGAAUUCAUGAAUAGUGGUGGGCAUAUUUGGACCACAUGUUUGGACACGUGUUGCCAACUACACGCAACGUGUCUCGGCUAAGUUUGCACAUAGCUCUUUGCAAACUGUCACCCGAUUUUUACUUCUCGUGUUGCAUUUUAGUGCAAAACUAUUUACUUCCCGGAAAAGUACACUCGGGGUGUGUUUGCUGCUGAUCUGUCUGGAUAUUUCAACUUGUCCAACCCGCUUUCAUUCAGGGAGUUUCGGAGAUAAUGAAUGCGCAUUAUUCAUGUUGUGAAUGAAUCAUGCUCAAGGCAUGAUUUAAUGAUACAUAAAGUGUAUAUUGGUAUCGUCACAGUAUUUGUUACUGUUGAAUUUGCCUGAGAUAUCUGGGUGAACAACUGUGCAGAAGCUGCCAACUUCAUGGAAAGUGUUAUGCUUUGGAAGAAGUGCUUUGUGUUGAAUGUUAAGCACCUUCAACUCUUGGGAACACUGUGCUACCUGUAGGAAAUUGCAUUUUCUGAGUAGCAAGACAUGCUUACAGAAAAGCAUGCUUCUUCAUGACAUGACUUGAAAACCGAGAUUUUUAUAUUAAUGAAGCAAUUUUUGACAACUUUCAAAUGAUAUCAAGACGUUCAGGUAUUCCUUCUGGUGACUGAACAGUAGAGUAGCUGGGGUUGACUGUAUAAAUAAUGAUGUAAAAAAAAAGACAAGCAAUGUCAAAUAAAAUGUUAUCCCAA